GUGAAGGACUGAGUUCAUUUGGAAGGAAACCCAGCCGCUCUGUUCUUGUCCGGCUUUCUCUGCCCAUUAGUUGAGUCAACUGCUGCGUUGAAAGAGUGAAGGGACUUUCUUUUAACAAGGAAUUCUUCUUUCCCAAAACAAUUUCUCAAGAACAUGACCUCUAAUUCCAAUUUAUCCAACAUGCGACGGCUGGUGGAACAACUGAAGCUUGAGGCCAGUGUGGAACGAAUCAAGGUGUCCCAGGCGGCUGCAGAGCUGCAGCAGUACUGUCUGCAGAACGCGGGCAAAGACGCCCUGCUGGUCGGAGUCCCCACAGGCAGCAACCCCUUCAGAGAGCCCCGCUCCUGUGCUGUCGUGUGAAGAGGAAGAAGAAGUGGACACGUCUGUGGCAUCUCCCCCAGUGAAGAUUAUGCUUAGUUUUUUAGGCCAUUUUUCACCUCUAUUUUAAUGUUUUUAAGAGAAACCUUUUGACUAUUUUCAAAUAAAUUUCUUUUUUUACCACA